UCGGUUACAAAUUUGGGAAAAAACACACAAUUAAGUGUGCCUCUCUCAUUCUAUUUAAUCUCUAUCUCUUCAACACUAGGAGUAUAGAGUUGUGCUUUCUUUGCUCUAACAACAGAAACAUGAAUAAGUCUCACUCUGCAGAGAAGAAGGAUGCCAUGGAGAAGCCACUGACUCCAAUGCCUCCUCCUCCUCUCAAACUUGAAAGGAACCCUUCUAUGGAUUCUGAACCUAAGACCUUGCUUCGAGAUGAACUGAACAUGGCCAGGGAGGCUGCCCUCAAAAUAAUCAAUACCCACACCAAAGAAGAAGCCCUGAAAAUAUUUCUGACGGGUUUGGUUCCAGUGGGAACAAGCUCAAAACAGGUGAAGGAGGAUGUUGUCGCGUCUGACUGCGAUGACGAAUGAAGCAUUAUGCGAUCGGAAUAUGCUGGUGCUGGAAAGCUGAAUCUGGUGGAGUGCUUAUGUGUGUUUUUACUUUGUUUCAGUUGCUGUGGUUUAAAUUAUCUCAAUUUAUCUUCAAUGUUAUUGUCUUGUAGUUCUGCACUUUGGCAGAUUUAUAUGUGACAUAAUGUGUUUUGCUUUACCAUCUUCUCUAUUUAAUCUAGUAUUUUAAAGUA